AUGGGAUUCAAAUAUCAAUCAGUGCCGCUGGACGGCGAAUCAGAUGAGAAAUCGCAAUCGGAAGACUCAUCUAUCACUCUAAACGACCGGGACGAACUCAGCAGCGACCUGAAAGCGAUUCCAUAUCAUAGAACGACCCGGGAAACAUUAAACUCAAGAUGGCUUUGGACGAUACACGCAGUAUUACUAUCAAUUUCGUUCGCAAUGUUUGUUCUCUCGCAUGUUGACUUUACAUCAACCUUGGAGCACGUGAGAAGAUUUUCAGCAUGGUCGCCAGCCGAUGUGUCUGUGAAAUACUCGCGAGUGCAGUACAACUUCAGCACCGACGGGACACGAUUUAUCGGCAAAGGACCGGCAGUCGACAAGGCCUGGAGAGAGAUUUCUUACGAUAUGGGGGAUCAGUGGAUUUCAAAGCAAGACAUGAAGAGACUUGGCAUGCCCGAGUGGCAUCUACAAGUUGAUCAUCCACGCACAGGAGAGAGGGGCUAUCGGGUCGGGAUGGAGGUUUUCCACCACCUACACUGCCUCAAUCUGCUUCGGCGAGUGACGUACAAGGAGUAUUAUCAAGAGCUCAACGGGGAGCUUGCAGUUGGGGAGGACCACCUCCGCGCGCACACAGACCAUUGCAUCGAGGUCUUAAGACACCACAUCAUGUGCAACGCAGACAUUGGCCUGUUUUCGCUGUACAUGGUGGACGGCGACCCGCAAGCCUGGCCGGAGCUUAACACAAACCACGUGUGUAGGGACUUUGACAGCAUUAGACAGUGGGCGCUCGAGAACAGUGUGGGCAACAUGGAGGUAGGCGUCGUCAACGACGAAUAGAUAAUUGAAACAAUAGAAAGAAAUUCCUGCCGUUUGUUGCUAUGAC